AUGCAGUGGCCUGUGCUCUGUGCUCUGCUGCUCUCCCCGGUGGGACUCUUCGCCCAGGGCUGCCCGGCCAACUGCCAGUGCAGCCAGCCCCGCACCGUUUUCUGCAUCUCCCGGAGGAGCCAGACGGUCCCGCAGGGGCUGCCCCCGGACACGGCCCACCUGUACGCCUUCGAGAACGGCAUCCGCUCCCUGAGCGAAGACAGCUUUGCCGGCCUGCCGGCCCUGCAGCUGCUGGACCUCUCCCAGAACCAGCUCGCCAGCCUGCCCCGGCACGUCUUCCAGCCACUAAGCAGCCUCUCCAACCUCGACCUCUCUUCCAACCAGCUCCACGAGGUCACCAACGAGAGCUUCCACGGGCUGUGCUGGCUGGAGCGCCUCUACCUGCACCACAACCAGAUCCGGCGGAUCCACCCGCAGGCCUUCGACUCCCUGGAGCGCCUGCUGGAGCUGAAGCUGCAGGACAACCGGCUGCAGGCCCUGCCGCCUCUCCGCCUGCCCACCCUCCUCCUGCUGGACCUCAGCCGCAACCCCAUCGCUGCCCUCGAGCCGGGCCCCUUCCACCUCGGCAAGCUCGAGGCCCUCAAGGUCGCCGGCCUGCGCCUGGACCACCUCGACGAGGAGCUGCUGCGGAAGCUCCACAGCCUGCACGAGCUGGAUGUGUCCAACAACCAGCUGAGCCGCGUGCCGGCAGCCCUGAAGCAGCUGCGGGGUCUGACGAAGCUCAGCCUGGCUGGCAACGCCCGCAUCGCCCAGCUGCAGCCGGAGGACUUCCAGGACCUGCCCAACCUGCAGGAGCUGGACAUCAGCAACCUCAACCUCAACCACCUCCCCCAGGACUUCUUCGGGGCCUUCCCCCGCCUCAAGGCCGUGACGGCCGCCGAGAACCCUUUCAACUGCAUCUGCCAGUUGAGCUGGCUGGUCACCUGGCUCAGCAGCAGCAAAGCUGCGCUCCAAAGAUCGGAGGAGACGCGCUGCCACUUCCCUCCCAAGAACGCUGGCCGGCUGCUCCAGCAUCUGCAGUAUGCGGACUUGGGGUGCCCGGCUACCACCACCACCACUGCCGCCUGGAAAGCCACCAGCUCCCGGCUCCUCACCCCUACUCCCAGCAGCCGCCACGUCCCACCGGAGCCCAGCACGCCCAGCCCCACGCCCAGCCCGGACAGCUCCACUCUGGCACCGGCCACCACUCCGGAGGGCCACCCCAGUCCCGAGGCACGCCUCUGCCCACCCUACGUCUGCCUCAACGGGGGCCUGUGCCAGCUGGAUGCUCACCAGCGCCUGGAGUGCAUCUGCCUCGUGGGCUUCUCGGGCACGUACUGUGAGACCAAAGUCCCGGUGCCAACAGUGUCAAUGGUCCCCCUGGCACCAACACAGCCCCAGCCGAUUGCCGUCAAGCACGUCGGAGGCACCUCCUUGAAAGUGGACCUGCAGAACUACAUAGAGUCCAAGAGCCAUCUGAAAGGGAUCCGGCUCACUUACAGCAACCUCUCCGGUCCCGACAAGCGGCCGGUCACCCUCAACCUGCCCGCCACGCUGGCCGAAUACACCGUGCGGGAGCUGCGGCCCAACUCCUCCUACCACAUCUGCAUCGGGCCACUGGGGAACAAAGCCCACGAAGAGGACUUCUGUGUGGAGGCCCACACCCUGCAUCUCACCCACCAGCAACAUGCCCCCGUCACCCAGAGCAGGCACCCCAGUCUGACACUCGUGGUGGUGCCCGCCGUCCUGGCCACGCUGCUCGUGGCUGUGGCUGCAGCUGCCCUCUUCUACUACGUCUGGAGGCGGAGGCGGCAGGGGAAAGCCCGGCCCUCCCUUGACACCAGCUCUGGCCCGCUGGAGCUCGAGGGGACAAAGGCCUGCCUCGAGAACGGAGGCCUGGUCGGACACAGGGUGAAGUUGCCAGGGAAAGCAGGGACACCCCCCAGCGCCCUGGACUACGAAGUGCCCCUCAUGGAGCCGCAACGCACAAGCGCCUCCACCCCCCGGGCGCUGAGGCCUUCCUACUUCUAGGCUCGAGAAUGGCAUUGCGAUUCGAGAGCUGGCUCCAGAACCGGCAGUGUGGCUGGGAGGCCGCUGGAGUGGAGGCUAGCCUGGCAGGAAUGAAAACCUUUCGACGGGUGAUGCAUGGCAUCCCAAGAGAGGUAUCCAGUUAGGAGGCAGAAGGACAAAGGGCCUCUUGUGGUCCUUGCGGAGCCCCCCCGGGGGCCAGGGGCCUUGGCCGCUGCCAAGGAGGCAAGAAGGGUCUGUCUUCCUGUGGCACAGGAGCCUCUUGCCAACUCCAGCCAGGCCGCCCAAAGGCAAUGAAGGAAUGGGGGGGGGGGGGCGGCAAGAGGACAGCCUGACGGAGCUCCCAGGCUGAGCUCCUAGGGAAGAAAAGCUUUCAGGACCUGUAGAGAGUAUUUAUGGCAUGGCCAGAUUAUGUUCCCAUUUCUUCUGGGAAAUCGCUUUUCUAACACAGGUUGAGGUACUUCUCCUUUUUGUUAAAACCAGACCAUAAAUGCUUUUGUACGAAAUCAUAA